GUUUUUCAUUCAUUACUUGUAAGUGAUGUUUAAUUAUUCCAAUUUCCUAUACCAUCAUACCUUCUCUUACAAUGGCGUUAAAGAAGCCUGUUAUUGGGCUUCUAGGGGGUGGUCAGCUUGGGCGUAUGCUCUGUGAAGUAGCCGGGCCCUUAGGAAUACCUAUUGCUGUCCUCGACGCUGAAGAUUGCCCGGCAAAACAGGUUAACCAAAACAAUCUUCACGUUACUGGAUCUUUCAAGGACCCGGAGAAGAUCAAGCUCCUCGCCUCCCGUGUUGACUUCCUCACGGUUGAGAUCGAGCAUGUGGAGACGGAGGUGCUAGAAGAAAUAGCGACGAAAGGUGUAGAAGUACCUUCGCCUGAUGGGAACGGUACAAUAUUGAAGAAAGUACCCGUGCAUCCGUCAUGGAAGACCAUACGCUUAAUACAAGACAAGUAUCGACAGAAGGAAUACUUCGCUCGGAACGGUAUUCCUGUCACUGAACAGAUGGCUAUAGUGUCUGGAGAGGGCAAAGCUGAUUCUUUGGAUGAGGCAGCUUGGAAAUAUGGGUUCCCUUUUAUGUUAAAGGGUAGCAAAGGUUCGUACGAUGGCCGUGGAAAUUUCAAAGUCAGCGGUCCGGAAGACUUGAAGAAUGUUUCAGAGCAGAUGGGAGACCAGCCUCUAUAUGCAGAAAAAUGGGUGCCUUUCGAAAUGGAACUCUCGGUCAUGGUACUACGGACAGAGGAUGACAACGGCAAGUUAAAGCACGUUUAUUCUUAUCCAGUUGUCGAGACCAUACACGAAGAUAGCAUAUGCACCAAGGUGUUCUAUCCGCCACGGAGUAUACCAGAAGACGUCAAAAAGCGAGCGCAAAAGGUAGCAAGCGAUGUUAUAGCCAGUCUUUGGGGUCGAGGAGUCUUCGCUGUAGAGAUGUUCUUACUCGCUGACGGUCAGAUUCUGGUGAACGAGGUCGCUCCACGUCCGCACAACUCCGGUCAUUUUACCAUUGAGGCCGUACCUCAAUUGUCGCAAUAUAAGGCUCAACUAUACUCCAUACUGGACCUUAUCCCGCAGAAAGGCGCAAAUCUCAACGCGCGAGUGCCUUCCGCAAUUAUGCUUAAUAUCCUUGGCGGUGCUCAACCGACUUCUCACAAUAGAUUCGUGGCGCUUGCGGAGAGUACGUACGAUGAAUUUACGGAUGUAUAUGUACAUCUUUACGGGAAGGAAUCGAAGCCGGGGCGGAAAAUAGGUCAUAUAACCGCCACGGGGUUCUCCUCCGUUGAACGUCUAGCUGAGAUCAUAACCCCUCUCAUUAGUGUUAUGGAUGAGAUUCGAGCUGAACGUAUUGGCUCGAAGAGCCCAGCGCAGAGAAAAACAUCACAAGCGAAAUCUGUGCCUUUAGUCGCUGUAACUAUGGGGUCCGAUUCGGAUUUAACCACCAUGACAGCCGGUUUGAAGAUUUUAGAUGAGUUCAAUGUGCCUUACGAAGUCCGUAUAACGUCGGCGCAUCGAACACCACAUCAUAUGAUGAAAUUCGCAGCGGAAAUGUCAAAAUCCGGCUGUAAGGUUAUCAUUGCGGCAGCAGGGGGUGCUGCACACUUGCCGGGUAUGCUCGCGUCUGAAGUGCAUAUUCCAGUAAUAGGCGUUCCUGUGAAGGCAUCGGUGCUAGAUGGUGUCGAUAGUUUGCACAGCAUCGUACAGAUGCCAAGGGGCAUACCCUGUGCUACAGUCGGAAUUGGGAACUCAACCAACGCCGCGCUGCUCGCGAUCCGGAUUUUAGGUAGCGCGUACCCAGAAUACGCGGAGCGUAUGAAGCGCUACCAGGACAAUAUGAAAAAUGAGGUGCUAGCUAAGGACGAGAGGAUACGAUCCGUGGGUUGGCAACAAUAUCUGCAGGGGAUGCAGAAAAAAUGAGCUGUGGAUUCCCUAUGGCGGGCUUAGUACGGAUCUCGUAAACCCGUUGGCGUAAAAUCCGCCCAUGGUCGGAUUCACGGGGAAUAUCAUCAAGUAUUACUACCUCGCAUCAUGUUGGUAUACGCUUGUUUCAUGUGAUUAUUACUUGGGCCGUAUACUUGAGACUCGGCUAUAUCCUGGGCUUCAAAACUCAGAGCAGAACUUAAAACGUCGUCUACUAAUAAAGGAUAGUUAACCUAUGAUGUUAUAAAGAAUUAAACUACCUUAGGUAGGUAGGUGGGUAGGUGGGUAGAUUAUUCGGUCCUCGUACGACCUGGAUCACUUGAACUACAAGGAAUCUGAGAAGAGUAUUUUGCGUAAUGAUACAUGUUAACAUUACGUGAUUAUGUUGAAGGUUUAAGUAAAGUAUAAUAACUAAGGUUAUCGUUAAACCAUAGGGGAUCUGUGGUCCCCGGUUCCCAUCAAUAAUAACUUUUCGUCAACCUGUAUCCUUAACGCCGAACAAAUUGAUAGAUGUACUCAAGCAUUUGGGAUGGACUCACAUCGAUAUAUCUACCUUUUAGUAUAAAGCCA